GAGACGAGAGGACCAUGCCUGGAUUGCGGUUCCUGGGUCCCGCGGAGGCGGGAACCUACGCCACCCGCCAGCAGGCUCCUUGAAGGUACCACUCCCAUCUCCAGCUGUGGCUCAGCCAAACACCUGCAUGCACCACCAGCCCUUCUACUCCUACCCCUGGAAACAUGGAGAGCCUGAAUGAUGUGCACAAUCCAUUGCUGGCCAGGAGUAAUGGUCACCUCCCCAAUACGUAUCCCUUCCAUGAGGACUCUGCAACUUGGGACUGCCAGGAGAAGCUCUAUUCCUACUUCUUUGGUGGUGCUGGCCAGGCCAGAACCCACCAACUGUUAGAUGCAGGGUCCCUGCAGCUGGCUGUAGAGGCACUGUAUGGGUCCAACUUUCUCCUUGUGAAGGACAAAGCUAAGGAGUGGAAAGAAGAUAGUUGUGAGACUACCUUCACAGAAGGCAAGGAGCCCCAGGUCAGCACCCCUGAAGGAGCCCAGAGACCUGGCCAGGCGGAGGAGGAUGCCAAGAUUCAGACGGUAUCCUUCAAAGUAGAAGAUGAGUUUCUGGAGGUGGAAGAAGAAGAAGAUGAUGAGAGUGAUUCUUCCAGCGUCAGUGAGAGUGAAGAUGGGUUUCUCACUCUACCACCCCGGGACCACCUUGGCCUCGCCAUCUUCUCCAUGCUCUGCUGCUUCUGGCCUCUGGGCAUUGCUGCCUUCUACUUCUCACAAAGGACCAGCAAGGCCAUCUCCAAAGGGGACUUUCACCUGGCCAGCACAACUUCUCGACGAGCCCUCUUCCUGGCCAUCCUCUCCAUCACCCUUGGCACCGGUGUCUACGUUGCAGUGGUAGUGGCCCUGGUGGCUUAUUUGUCCAAGAGCAGCCAAGGCUAAUGGGGUCCCUUGAGCAGCCCUCAGUCCUUCCCUCACCAGUGGUUUGGGGGAGCCCUGAAUCCCUCUAUCCAUGGGUACUAAAACCCUAGGUAUCCUGGUGUUUGCAAACAAGCUGGAGCCAAGAACCUUGGACUCUCACUUUCCAACAUGAACCCAUUUCUGUCCCCCAAAAGGAGCUGCAAAAACAGUGAUAUCAGGCCCACAUCCGCCUAGCCUCAGAAACUCUUGAUCUCAUCUCAUUAUAUUUAGUUCUCCCCUCAUUGUAGGCCCCACCCAAAUAAGGGGUACAGGGAGCUUGUUUCACUGGUUCCCUUUUCCUGUCCUCCCUCAACUUUCUCCAACCUGUUUCAUUCCCUUUGUUGAAGGGGGCACAGUGCCCCAAGUUAUGCCGGGCCUAGUUGGCAUGGGAGCAAGCCUGAGAAAGGCCGAAGACACAAACCCACCUCAUUUCCACCCUGCUCUGUCCCUUUCCUGGAGACAGCUCCAUAUACAUUGCAAGUAGCCAACUCCUUCACCCUCCCAAGUCUCAAGGGAAGGGAGAGGAGCAUGGAAGAAGGAUGGGACUGCUUGAUAUUCAGGUUGCUGAUGGAGAAAGGGACACGCAGGAAGAAGCAGGAGACCUGAUCCAAAUCACAUGAGAGCCACUGAAGAGUCAACCAAGCUGGAAACAGACUUGGUCCCCCCAGCACAUGGAUCUGGAACUUGCCGUCCGGCUACAACAAAAAUGGAUCGAUUCUAAUUUGCUUGUCUCUCACCAAAUAUGGGAAAUGUCCAUUUCAAUUCAAUUAGACAAAUAUUUAUUAAAUGCCUACCCUGUACUUUGCACAGGGCUAGAUA